GACAGAACGUGACCACAGAGGGUCGGACAGUCGGAGAGGGGACGGCUGCUCAGACAGAAGUUAGAGGGAACGAGUGAGGACGUCUUGACGUGUUUCAGCUGCAGCAGGAUGGAGGUCCUGACAGUUCUGAGGGUUCUGCUGCUCCUGGUUCUGGUCCUGGGUUCUGUGCAGCGCUCUGGGUGUGUGCGGUGUUUUGCACGGUUCGACAGUGUCCAGGGUCGAUGUGAUGAAGAGCUCGGUGAGGUGGAUGAAGACAACUGCUGUCAGAACACUCAGUAUGGUUACCAGGCAACAGACGGAGUGUGUCGGUCCUGUGGUCCUCCGGUGUGGUCUCCCUGGUCGCCGUGGUCACAGUGUAACGUCCAGUGUGGGGAGGGAGUGACGCAGAGGAGCAGAACAUGUUACGGUAUCGGCCAAUCAGAGUGUGACAACCCUAGGAACAAACUGGAGACAAAACCCUGUAACAACACCUGCUGCGACGGUAAGGGGUGGGGCCCGUGGCUCACCUGGUCGCCCUGCUCAGUGACCUGUGGAGGGGGCGGAGUCAGGAAGAGAGCCAGAGUCUGCUCCAGUCCUCCUGAGUGUCGUGCGACCUGCAGCGGUCCUUCAGAGGAGACAGAGAAAUGUCCAACACAAUCCACCUGUCCAGUUCAUGGUGGUUGGUCCGGUUGGUCCGAUUGGAUUCAGUGUUCUGGUUCAUGUAUCAGUGGCCAAGGUGCUGAUGUCAUCAUUCCCUCCAGAGUGCGAUAUCGUUCUUGUUCGAGCCCCACCCCUUCCAACGACACAGUGCCACUCGGCAACGAUUGCCCCGGAGACGAGUUCCAAUCACAGGACUGCAGCGAACUCCCCAACUGUCCAGUGGAUGGCAGCUGGGGGGCGUGGUCUCCACCUGGGCCGUGUUCCGUCUCCUGUGGGGAGGGGCUUCGGCUAUCUAUCAGGAAGUGCGAUAAGCCUGCCCCUCAAUAUGGCGGUCGAGUCUGUGACGGGCCGAGCACUCGGAGCAGCGUCUGUCAGAGUUUCUGUCCCGUCGACGGGUUCUGGUCCGGUUGGUCCAGUUGGAGUGAGUGUUCUUCUUCCUGUAUCCCACAAGGACGAGCUCCCACUAGAUCUCGCCACCGCUCCUGUUCCAACCCCGCCCCCUCAACCAGCCCACCUGGCAAAGGUUGCCGUGGUGGCAACAGCGAUACAGAGAACUGCAACCACCUGCCUCACUGCCCAGUGAACGGAGGUUGGGGGUCUUGGUCCUCCUUCUCUUCCUGUCCUGUCACCUGUGGAGUGGGGCUUCAGGUGUCUGUCAGGAGAUGCGACAGCCCAGCCCCAAAACAUGGCGGCCAGUCAUGUCCUGGAGAGGGACGUCGUACAAGCAUCUGUAAGACCAACGUCCACUGUCCAGUGGACGGGACAUGGUCAGAGUGGUCGGAAUGGAAACCAUGUAAAUUCCCGUUUGGUGGGCGAGACAUCCGCUGUAAGAAGAUCGGUGGCAGUCAGACUCGAGAGCGUGAAUGUCUUCAUCGAGCUCACAAUGGAUCCAUCUGCAGCGAGGGCUCCCUGACCGAGAGGCGGGUCUGCUAUGAUGUCAGCAGAUGUUACCCGAAGGGCACCUGGGAUGGCUGGGAGCCAUGGAGUCUGUGUAAUCCUCCCUGUGGAUCAAACUCCAGACGCAUCAGGAAGAGACGCUGUACACCUGAUUACAGCGACUACAGUCCUACCAUUGGUCGUCUGAAGGAGCCAGCAAUAUUCUUUGGAAAUCCACAUGCCGACUGUGGCUCACCACCUGAGGGUGGACAGAAGAUUGAAAUUCAGCCCUGUGUCAACGUUCCCACCUGCACCUGAACACCUGCUCGCCUACGACUUUAACAGCACCAACAUAUCCUGUUCUUCACUUAGUUUAAUAAUGACAUAUAUCUCACCAAUUAGUUCAGCAACAUCAACAUAUCAGCUCAUCACUGAGUUUAACAACACAAAUAUAUCCAUCUCAUUGAUGAGUUGAACAUCACCAACAUAUCUAACUCAUCGAUGACAAACACUGUAGUUACUACCACUUAUCACUUAUUUACGUACAUUACUUGAGUAAAUGUACUCUCCACCACUGUUAAAAUGUCUAGCUUUGAACUGACAGGUGUUCCUAAUAUUUUGUCCGCCCAACUGAAACCAGUGAGGACAGACAAUCAUUUAGAAACACCCAACAGAUGACUCACCGCUGAAUUAAACAACAUCACUCAUCCAGCUUCAAUCUUCAGUUCCAGUUUGUUCUUCUGUCACUGAACGGUUCGUCCGUCUGAAGAUCUCAGAUAGAAAUGUGUUGUACUGCUUUGUUCUCUUAAAGCUGUGUUUUUAGUUUCAGUGUACAUUUAUACUACGCUGGAUUUUUGUUACAUUAAUCUCAGUUUAUUAUAUUUCAUGUUUUAUAUUCUUAUAUUUUUUCAUGUACAUUUUUAAAUUUUCUUUGCAUUUUAUAAAAGAUUGUGUGCAUCUUAGUCUCCCCUUAAUCUGUGGAGGUCCAUCAGGCUCCAGAGGUGUUUGCUUGGAGCAGUUUGGGUCAGUUAAUCUCUAAAUCCCUGAAAAAAACAAACAGUUUCAUCACUUAUACUUUAUGUUUGUGUGCAUGACAGGUUGAUGCACACGCUCCAGGUGACAUUUUCCACCUUUAUAUUGUGUUUUGUCCUUUGUUUGGGGACAGAUCAGGAUGUCCCCUGUCAUUCUGUCUCUGACUCAAAGUUAUUAGAUCAACUUGUGGCUUCAUUGUCUGAUUUCAUCUUCAUCGAUCAAGUUGAGUCAAACUUUAUUUGUAGAGCACAUUUAAAAACCACCACAGCUGACCCAAGUGCCGUGUCAACUUCAGCCUGUUACAUGCAUUGUCUGUUUUCAAAAUACACUUCUGUUUUCACAGGAAAUGUACAGUUUGAUACAGUCUCUUUCAAAAUAAAAGCACUAAGUCGGUACAA